AUGGCGGCGUCCACGAAACAGGCCACCGGGGGCGUUGAAGAGGCCGCGGCGGAAGAGGAACCGCGAAUUCUGGAACCCGGGGCCGCCCCGUUUGGAAAUUUCCCUCAGUAUUCCCGCUUCCAUCCUCCAGAACAGCGGCUCCGCCUCUUGCCCCCGGAGCUGCUUCGCCGGCUUUUCCCUCAGAGUCCCGAAUCGAGGCCGAUCCUGGGGCUCGACGUAGGGUGUAACUCUGGGGAUCUGAGUGUGGCUCUAUACAAACACUUCCUUUCCUUACGUGAUGGGGAGACCUGCUCAGAUGCCUCAGGAGAACUCCAUCUACUCUGCUGCGACAUAGAUCCAGUCCUGGUGGAACGAGCUGAAAAAGAAUGUCCUUUUCCUGAUGCCCUGACCUUUAUCACCCUGGACUUUAUGAAUCAAAGAACCCGGAAAGUUCUCUUGAGCUCUUUCUUAAACCAGUUUGGACGGUCAGUUUUUGACAUUGGCUUCUGCAUGUCAGUAACCAUGUGGAUUCAUCUGAACCAUGGGGACCGUGGUCUGUGGGAGUUCCUAGCCCACCUUUCCUCCCUCUGCCGCUACCUCCUUGUGGAGCCUCAGCCCUGGAAGUGUUACCGGGCAGCUGCAAGGCGUCUCCGGAAGCUGGGCCUCCAUGACUUUGACCACUUCCGUUCCCUUGCCAUCCGAGGUGAUAUGGCCAAUCAGAUUGUGCAGAUCUUGACCCAGGACCAUGGCAUGGAAUUAGUAUGCUGCUUUGGCAACACCAGCUGGGACCGAAGCCUUCUGCUCUUCAGGGCAAAACAAGCCACAGAGACUCAUCCAAUUCCUGAAUCACUGGUAGACGAAGGGAAAGAAAAGAACAGAUUAAGAUCCUGGAGACAGUGA